GCGCCGUUGAACAGACACUAGUUCACUUCCGCGUUCUUUGCAUAGCAACAGGAGGUAAAAGGAAGAUGGCGGCCAGCGGAGACCCCUGGGUUUAGGUAAACAGCGUGUGUAGAAUCAGGAAGGAAAGCGCUCCUGAGGAACCACAGGUACCGAGGAGCGGCGCGGUCGUCCUGCGGCGCCAUGGCCUCCCACACCGGCCGGCUGCUCCAACAGGCCCUGGCGGUGCUGGACGUGGCGCUGCGGGUCCCCUGUAUCUUCAUCAUCGACGCCAUUUGUAACUGUAACUCUGAUCCGGCGGAUUGCUGGACUGGGACGGCUGGACAACUUUUACUACGGGUGACUGGUAUUGUGGUGUGCAGUGUGGUGCUGGUGUUAUCCCAGAAGUCCCUGUUUAAAUUCUACAGCCUCUUCGUGGGCAUGCUGCUUGGAUCCACAGCCGUUUUGCUGAACUACUAUGUGACGUCUCACAUGGACACGUACAGAGCGAUGUCCAGCUUUGGGGUGCUUCCUCCUACCAGACUUGCGCUGUGGCUGGCCAUGGCUGCUCUGCAGCUGCUUUUAGCAUCAGGUUACGUGCUGCUGCUUGGAGUAAAGUCUCCGUACUCCACCUUGAUGAUGCUGGACGUCCUGGUGCCCGUGUCGGGACUUUUCAUGGAGCUUCCGAUGGACGUGAGGCGGACGUUGGCGCUGAUCUCGGGGUCUGUGCUUUGUCUGAACACAGUUGUGUGUCUGUUGGUUCGUUUUAAGAGACUCUACUACUCGUGCCGGUACGUGUACCUGCUGGUGCGGCACAUGUACCGCAUCUACGGGUUACAGCUGCUUCUGGAGGACACGUGGAAGAGGAUUCGUGUGCCGGACGUGCUGCGGGUCUUCUGGCUCACACGUUUAGCUGCACAGGCUGUGGUUCUGGUCUAUGCGGUGAGGAUGGCUCAGGUGGAGGAGAACGGACAGUCCUAUGUGACGUGGGAUGUGUUCUGGGAGCUGUGCAGUAGCCUGAUCAUUAGUGGCUGUGACUCGACACUCACGGUGCUGGGCAUGAGCGCCGUCAUCUCAUCUGCGGCACACUACCUUGGCCUGGGCGUCCUGGCCUUCAUCGGUUCGACCGAAGAUGAGGAAGACCGGCGUCUGGGCUUUGUGGCACCGGUGCUCUUCUUCAUCCUCGCUUUGCAGACAGGGUUAAGCAGCCUGGAGCCAGGCCAGCGUCUGGUGCGCCUGAGCAGGAACCUGUGCUUGCUGCUGACCGCCGUGCUGCACUUCGUACACGGCAUGACUGAGCCAGUGUUAAUGGCACUGAGCGCAUCGCACGUGCAGUCUGUGCGGCGACACGCUCCAGCUCUCCUCGUGUCUCUUGUGCUUCUGACCCUGCCGGUGGUAUUGAGUGACAUGCUGUGGCGGCGCUGCGUGCUCAACACGUGGCUUUUUGCCGUCACUGCCUUCUGCGUGGAGUUGUGCCUGAAGGUUCUGGUGUCGAUCACGGUCUACGCACUCUUCAUGGUCGACGGGUAUUACGGCACGCUCUGGGAGAAACUGGACGAUUACGUGUACUAUGUGCGCUCGGCCGGAAAUGUGGUUGAGUUCAUCUUCGGGAUCGUCAUGUUUGGGAACGGUGCCUACACCAUGGUGUUCGAGGCGGGCAGUAAGAUCCGUGCAUGUAUGAUGUGCCUGCACGCCUACUUCAACAUCUACCUGCAAGCUAAGAGCGGAUGGAGGACUUUUGUUAAGCGGCGUGCCGCCGUGCAUCGGAUCCAGUCUCUGCCUGAGGUCACGGGCACCGAGCUGCUCGGCGUCGAGGACGUCUGUGCAAUCUGCUACCAGGAGUUUGUGACGGCUGCCCGUGUCACGCCGUGCCACCAUUAUUUCCAUGCGCUUUGCUUGCGUAAGUGGCUGUACAUCCAGGACACCUGCCCCAUGUGCCAUCAGAAAGUGUACGUCGAGGAUGACUCCCACCAGCGCGCACCUGUUUCCAACAACAACGGCCAGGCACCGGCCGCGGACGAGCAGGCGAGGUUUGAAGCAGCGCAAGGAGGCGGGACAGAAGCGAGACAGGCAGCAGGUGCAGAGGCGGAGCCUGACGACGAGCUGCUGGAGGAUAAUGACAGUAUAGAGUAUGAUGAAGACGAGUGGGGAGCACAGAAUGCAGCGAAUCCGGUGGGGGAGGACUACAUUAAUGAUGACACAGACUCCAAUACAGACUGAAAGAGAUUUUAAAACAAUGUAAGAAAAUAUUUCAGGGAUUUGCUCUUUUAUGAGUGCUUGCGUGCGCUUUUUUUGUAUGUCUGUCACUCAAAGGGCUGAUUGGAGUUAAAGUGCUGAAAUUGUGCGAACAUUCCAAAACCUGGGGUGAAAAGUCAGUCUCUCUCCCUCUCCCCUUUUUUCUCUCUCUCUUUCUUUUUUUCUUUUGUGUUUGGGAGCUGAUGAAAGGUAUAGACGGAGUGUUAGCUGCUCGAGCGGGAGGAAUCCUCUCGUCUCCUCUCUGGCUGUCCCGCUUCCUGCGCCGAGAGCUCAGUCGCCGUACUACUUACUGUAAUCACACAGAUUUACCUCCUAAUGGCUACUACUGGUCUUUUGUGUGACCUUUUCAUUUUUAUGUACGUUGUUGUACAUGUCGAAAAUAGAGAGAAAAAAACGACGUGGCGCUUUUCCCGUGCAAAAGAAAAGGACCGCAAUCCACUGCGUGUUCUCCGAGGAGCGUCUCACUUCACUCUGUGUUAAACUGCACCUUUCAGUCCAGUCGCAGUUGUUGAUGGUCUUAAUUGUGGCACUUGCUAUUGUUUUGCACUCUUUUACCCCGAUCUAUCAUAAAUCUCCUAACGCAAGAGAACCUUCGUGUCUGGAGCUAUGAGGCCCAUUGUAGCUGAUAAGUAGCGUAAAUUUCUAGAAAUAAAAAAUCCUUAGAUCUUCCCACGCACAACAAAUGGCAGCUUCAUUUGUAUUUCUUACAUUUGUUUUUUUUUUUUUUUUUUAGAUUGCACUGACUGUGUAUUUCCACAUCUAAGCUCUUGCAUCAUCAUUCAUGGUGCUUUCAGCUUACUAAUCCAGUCGUACCUUUAACUGGGGGUGGAGUCCAGUCGUUAGCACGUGAAGGGGGGAAGGAAUUAUAAUAUAUAAAAUAUAUAAUAUUUAAGUUUCAUGUGUCAGAGAUUUGUUAGCGUAAUCCCACACACUUGUCAUCGUACUUUAUGCACAAGUAAAUGUUUCAGAUCUAAAAGAAUUAUAACAUGCGACGACAUUCCAAUUUAUGUUCAUCUGAAUUUUAUUCGUUUUUUUGUUUGUCUUUUGAGCUCCAACGAUGAUGUCAUUUCCACCAAGGGAACCUACUGAACACACACAUUUCAACCCUAUUCAAGAGCAGCCUUAAUAGUAAAAUAACUGAUUCCUCCAUCGCUUGAUUAUUAAAAUGAAGGAUUUGUUACUGCUUUUACAAAUCAGCCAAUUGAUUUCAUAGCAAAGUCUUUUAAAGUCAAAGUCUCUUUCGCCAGUUUAUAAAUGUCUUCUACGGAUGGCCGUAGAUAUGCGAGAGAGAUUUGCCGAUGCCUUCUAGAACAACGGUAUAGGAGAGCAAUUCUACACAUACAGUAGACACUAGAUGACCAAAAGUUUGUGCACCCCUGGCCGUCACAUGCAUGUGCUUUUUGAAGGCUUUCCUUUAGAUAUUAUAGUGAGGAUGUGGGGAUUAAUGAUCAUUCAGCUACAAGAGCAUCAGGGAGAUCAGACAUUGAUGUUGACGAGAUUCCAGUUUCAGUUAAUCUCAAACGUGUUGAGUCAGAGUCAGGGCUCAGUGCAGGACACUCGAGAUCUUCCACUCCGACCUUCACCUCCUCACCAUGUCUUCAUGGAGCUCAGUAGAUUUGUGUACAGGAACAUUGUCAUGCUAGAAGUGUUUAAGUUCCUGUCAAGGGAAAUUUAUAAACCUACAAGACACAACGGAAUGCUCUACAAUUAUGUGCAACGAAUUUGGGAUUAUGGUCAGAGGUGCACAAACUUUUGACUAUAUACUAAUAGCAAACCUCUCCGUUAAAGAAGCUAAACCUUGUAUUACGAUUUCCUGUCUCUGGCGUGAGCUACACAUGUUUUACGAUCAUUACAUCUCAGUAUAUCAGGCCUUGUUAAUAAAAUUGGACGCUGGAAACGAUGUGUAGGCAUGUUUCAAAGAUUUUCAGUGCGUGCUUGGAAAAGUAUUUGUACCUUGUGACGGUCAUCGAACGUAAACUGGAGCUUCUUUACAUGUGGUUGCUGUUUAUCAACAUGGGCAUGUGAUUUAUUGUUAUAGGAAAAAAAAAGAUUCUAAAUCUGGCAGAAACGUAUCGCUAAUGUGAUUUAUUUCAACGUUUAAAAUUUUGUACAUUUAAUUUUAUAGAAUUUCAAACUGAAUUGUGAUCUUACCUCCUUUUAACGGUUUAUUUUAUUAUUAUUGUUUAUUAUUAUUUUGUUCUUAAAGUUAGCCCCACCCCUAACGCAAAGAAUUCUGCUCAAUGAUGUAGAGGAAGUUGUCUUGCAGUUCGUCUCACAAGCAGCAGAGGGCGCUAAAUACUUAAAAAAUUUCAAGAAGUGUAUAAAGUUUUAUUUCAAGUAGUUACUCUAUAGUUAGAUGAGCCUCAUAGCUCCAGCUCUGAACUAAAAAAAAAACAAAAAAACAAGUGCACAAAAACAAAUGUCGGAUUAAAAGCCUUUUUUUUUUUUACUUCAAUGUUGUUGGAUCUGUUCUGCACUUCUAGAGAUUUGGAGUGCGAAUGCUGAUCUCGGAUCAGUUUUUGCCUUCCUAACCAUCAGCAGUAAACAAUGUACCCUUUUUUUUUACACACACAACUGUAUUUCAUUAAAAAAUUGCCCCCUUUUUUUCUUCCCAUACCAUGAAGCCUGAUGUGGCAUAAAUCUCCAGCUCUUCUUUAAUAUCAUAUAACAUGUGAUUACAGGGACACUAGCUUUACUCCAGCAGAAACUCUCCCCCUCAUUCAGCCCCUGUAAUUAGUUCACAAUCAAACAGAUGUUUAAUCAUCAGGGGAUGUGUACAUGAAUAUACUAAAUCUACACCAAAUUAGGGAAUGAUCCUCUAAUCUAUUUGAAAUUUUUAUAUGCAAAACCUCAAAAAUCAACUAACCCUAAGAUGAGAUCAGCAGUAUUGAGCAGCAUCUGAUCUGAGUUCUGCUCAGCUCUCGGAAGAAAGCAAUGAAAGAAGGAUUUCCAGGAUCUGGAGAGGAAUUAUUCAGUUGGUGGAAUUGUUUAAAUUGCUCAGAGGUGUUAAUAAAUUCUAUGUAAAGA